AUGUUGUCCCUGAGCUUGUGCAGGCUCUACCCAAUCACAUUGGUGACCACUGUCUACAUGCAGAAUGAGGUGUGCAGUGAGGAAGUGGACAUGGAAAAGCAAUUGAAGAAGAAGUGCACAGUUCCCAUCCACCUGUUCUGGGGCUCCAUGCUCUACCACAUCAACCACAGUAUCAAUUUGAACACCACCCUUGCCAGAGCCACUCUGCUUACCUCAAGUUCAACAGUGCUGAAGGUCUUUGGGAGUGUGAAGCAUGUUCCACAAUUUCACAAGUGCAUGGAGGAGAAGCACUCAAGCAACCACCACAUCUGGGAGACAGACCACCUCCACCACUACUUUGAGACCAGAAACAGCCUGUGCUUGGUCAGCAGUGCACUUAUGCUGUAA